AUGAAGACGUAUUUUUUGGUUAGUGCAUUACUUGCAUUAGUUAGUUUUGUAAGGGCAGAGAUAUAUUGUAACGAGACUCAAGCAUGUCCUGAAGAAUUGCCUUGUUGUUCAUUAACAGGUAUCUGUGGUUCUGGUACAUUUUGUUUAGGUAGUUGUAAUCCUAAGUAUUCAUUUGGUUUGGAUUCUUGUUUACCAGUUCCAAUUUGUAAAGAUAUGACAACAGAUUUCAAGAGUUACACCUCAAAAUUAUUGAAUACAUACACUUACUUAGGUAAUGUCAGUUCUGCUGAUUGGACUUAUUCUGGGUAUGCGAUGGAUUAUGAUGAUGAUGGAAGUUUAAUUUUAGCUAUGCCUAAGAAUACUACUGGUUCUGUUUUAUCUAGUACAAGAUAUAUGUGGUAUGGUAAAGUUAGUGCUAGGUUAAAGACAUCUCAUUUAGCUGGUGUUAUUACUUCGUUUAUUUUAUAUUCGCAAGUUCAGGAUGAAAUUGAUUUUGAAUGGGUUGGCGCUGACAUUAAUAUGACCCAAACUAAUUUCUAUUGGCAAGGUGAAUUGAAUUAUACCAAUAGUGGAAAUAUUUCUACGUUGGAUACAUAUGAUAACUAUCAUACAUACGAAAUGGAUUGGCAAGAAGACUAUGUUAAGUGGUCAGUUGAUGGUGUUGUUGGUAGAGUAUUGUAUAAGAAUCAAACAUAUAAUGCUACAUCUGGUGAAUACAAAUUCCCACAAACUCCAUCGAGAAUUCAACUUUCUAUCUGGCCAGGUGGUGCUGCCAGUUCUCCAGAAGGUACAAGAGCAUGGGCUGGUGGUUUAAUCAAUUGGGAUGCACCAGAUUUAGAAGACCCAGGUUAUUACUAUAUGUCCUUGCAACAAAUUAACAUUACAUGUAACGAUCCAACUGAAGGUAUUGUUAGAAAUGGUACACAAGCUUAUAAAUAUUUAAGUACCGAUUCAUUUUAUCAUAAGGAUAUUGGUAUAGUUGAUGCGAAUGUGUUAGUUGGUAAUUUCAAUGGUACAGGUGAAGAUCCACAAACCAGUACCACCCGUAGCAGCACUAGUAGUAGUAGCUCUAGUAGCAGUAGCUCUAGUAGUAAAGGAAGCGCAAGCGGCAGUGGUAGUAGUACCCAGUUGAUGGGUAGCAGUGUUAUUUUCAACAACAGUACUACAUUUACUACAGAAUCAAGGAGUCAAAGCAGCACUUCUAUACCCGCUGUUCAAUCUACAGCAUUCAUUCAAAACACAGGUAGUCCAGUGAGUAGUGAUAACAAUGCAUUCAAACUACAAGCUGGACUCUCUAGCAUACUAAUAUGUAUAUUAGGUUACCUUUUAUAA